CCGCCGGCCUCAGUGACGCUGCGGCCGCCUCCAGCCUACGGCCCAGAGCUCUGGGGCGGGGGUGCGGUCGUGCAAUAGGAAGCCGAGGGCGUUGCAAGCUUCCCGUCGGGCACCAGCUACCUGGCCCCGCGCCCUGCCCUUUGCAUUCCCCAGACACCUCGGGAGCCCCCACCUGUGGACCCUGGAGCCCCCUUCACGCGUCGGCCAUGCCUCUAAGCCGCACUUUGUCCAUGUCCUCACUGCCAGGACUGGAGGAUUGGGAGGAUGAAUUCGACCUGGAGAAUACAGUGCUCUUCGAGGUGGCCUGGGAGGUGGCCAACAAGGUGGGCGGCAUCUACACGGUGCUACAGACGAAGGCGAAAGUGACAGGGGAUGAAUGGGGUGACAACUACUACCUGGUGGGACCGUACACGGAGCAGGGCGUGAGGACCCAGGUGGAACUGCUCGAGCCCCCAACCCCAGCCCUGAAGAGGACGUUGGACUCCAUGAACAGCAAGGGCUGCAAGGUGUAUUUCGGACGCUGGCUGAUCGAGGGGGGCCCCCUGGUGGUGCUCCUGGACGUGGGGGCCUCAGCCUGGGCCCUGGAGCGCUGGAAGGGGGAGCUCUGGGACACCUGCAACAUCGGGGUGCCUUGGUACGACCGUGAGGCCAACGACGCCGUCCUUUUUGGCUUCCUCACCACCUGGUUCCUGGGUGAGUUCCUGGCCCAGAACGAGGAGAAGCCACACGUGGUUGCACACUUCCACGAGUGGUUGGCGGGCAUUGGCCUCUGCCUGUGCCGGGCCCGGCGGCUGCCCGUGGCCACAAUCUUCACCACCCACGCCACACUGCUGGGACGCUACCUGUGUGCCGGUGCCGUGGACUUCUAUAACAACCUGGAGAAUUUCAAUGUGGACAAGGAAGCAGGGGAGAGGCAAAUCUAUCACCGCUACUGCAUGGAGCGGGCAGCGGCCCACUGCGCUCAUAUCUUUACUACUGUGUCCCAGAUUACUGCCAUCGAGGCUCAGCACCUGCUCAAGAGGAAACCAGAUAUCGUGACCCCCAAUGGACUGAAUGUGAAGAAGUUCUCUGCCAUGCAUGAGUUCCAGAACCUCCAUGCUCAGAGCAAGGCUCGAAUCCAGGAGUUUGUGCGGGGCCAUUUUUAUGGGCACCUGGACUUCAACUUGGACAAGACCUUGUAUUUCUUUAUCGCCGGCCGCUACGAGUUCUCUAACAAGGGGGCCGAUGUCUUCCUAGAGGCCUUGGCCCGGCUCAACUAUCUACUCAGAGUGAACGGCAGUGAGCAGACAGUGGUCGCCUUCUUCAUCAUGCCGGCUCGGACCAACAAUUUCAACGUGGAAACCCUCAAAGGCCAGGCUGUGCGCAAGCAGCUUUGGGAUACAGCCAACACCGUGAAAGAGAAGUUCGGAAGGAAGCUUUACGAGUCCUUGCUGGUGGGGAGCCUCCCGGACAUGAACAAGAUGCUGGACAAGGAGGACUUCACUAUGAUGAAGAGAGCUAUCUUUGCCACGCAGCGACAGUCUUUCCCCCCUGUGUGCACCCACAAUAUGCUGGACGACUCCUCGGAUCCUAUCCUGACCACCAUCCGUCGAAUCGGACUCUUCAAUAGUAGUGCUGACAGGGUCAAGGUGAUUUUCCACCCAGAGUUCCUCUCCUCCACGAGCCCCCUGCUCCCCGUGGAUUAUGAGGAAUUUGUCCGUGGCUGCCACCUGGGGGUCUUCCCCUCCUACUAUGAGCCUUGGGGCUACACGCCGGCUGAGUGCACGGUUAUGGGCAUCCCCAGUAUCUCCACCAACCUCUCCGGCUUCGGCUGCUUCAUGGAGGAACACAUUGCAGACCCCUCAGCUUACGGCAUCUACAUUCUGGACCGGCGGUUCCGCAGCCUGGAUGAUUCCUGCUCGCAGCUCACCUCCUUCCUCUACAGCUUCUGCCAGCAGAGCCGGCGGCAGCGCAUCAUCCAGAGAAACCGCACGGAGCGCCUCUCAGACCUUCUAGACUGGAAAUACCUAGGCCGGUACUAUAUGUCCGCGCGCCACAUGGCGCUGGCCAAGGCCUUUCCAGAACACUUCACCUAUGAGCCCCACGAGGCUGACGCGACCCAGGGCUACCGCUACCCUCGGCCGGCCUCCGUGCCGCCAUCGCCCUCGCUGUCGCGACACUCAAGCCCUCACCAGAGCGAGGACGAGGAGGAGCCACGGGACGGGCCGCCCGACGUAGACGGGGAGCGCUACGAUGAGGAAGAGGAGGCCGCCAAGGACCGGCGCAACAUCCGCGCCCCCGAGUGGCCGCGCCGCGCCUCCUGUGCCUCUUCCACCAGCGGGAGCAAGCGCGGCUCCGUGGACACAGCGCCCUCCAGCUCAAUCAGCACUCCCAGCGAGCCCCUCAGCCCCGCCAGCUCCCUGGGCGAGGAGCGCAACUAAGUCCCGCCGCCCCACACUCCCCGCCCAUCCUGCCUCCCUCGUCCAGAGGGCGGACGCAGAAUGGCACUGUUCCGAAACCCCACUCCACAUCCCGAACCCGCCUUGGGGUCCACAGCCCCGUCCCCUCCGCCGUACACUCCAGCCCUUCUAGCUCCUCUCUGGGAAUCCCCGACACUCCGGAAUCACAACGCCGUGCCUUUCCUGGGUUCCAGAAUGCAUACACUGUGCCCCGGAGCCCUUCGGGCCUGGCCUGGGCCUCCUCCCUCCCCGGGAGGGCCGGGCACCUGCCGUUACCCUGCCAUGGUGCCAGGGGUUUUAGGAAACCUGGUCUGUUGUCAUACAGGCAGGAGGCUCCUGGAGCCCUUGUGGCUUGCUGAUUUUCCAGCACGCCGAAGAUGCCAUGCUCGGCUGUGGCCUGGGGGCCACCAAGCUCUGGAAACCAUGUGGUGUCCCUGUUAAUGGGGCAAUCAAGUCCACAGCUGGGGCACUUUCAGGGACUUAACUGAAUCCAGAAGGUCCUCCAUUUCAACUCCAAAACUCGGGCUCCAGACCAGGGCAUUCGCGUCCUUACUCUGAUCUUAGCCCUUGUUGGGGUGUCUGGCUCUGCCUGGAGGGCCCCCCCACUACUGCUCUCCUUUUUCUCCAUAUUUUGGCCAAUGGGAGGUGGGGGGUGGUACAGAACCACUUGACUUCUCAUUCCUAUUGGAGAACAUGCAGUCUUGGUCUAGAUGCCUUUCUGGCCUUUUUUGAACCAGACCCUGUACCUCCUUCCCGGAGAGUCUGAGCUCUCCCCCCUAUCUUGAGAUUCCCGUGCCCUCCAGGGAAUCCCCUUGCUGAGGACUGAAGGGGCCGUCUUCCCCUGCCACAACCUCAGACCCCUAGGCCCACCGUAAAACCACUGGGUGCUAGGUCCCGGCUGCCGAAUCUGGAACCUCACCACUGUGCUGCUUCCUGGUCCCUUUCCCCGGUCUAGAAUGGAACCCACUUGGUUCUAGAACUUUCAUAUUUACCUCGAGGCUCUUCCAUCCUUAAGCUGUGUCCUGCCCCCCAGCUUUGGUGAAAGGGAGGGGCCCUUCACGCGUGCUGUGCUGUGUCUGACGCACUUGCUUUGCAAGCUGGGAGAGCAGAAGAGGUGUGAUUGAUGUGUGUCCAGAGAUGAAAAAAAUACAUCUAUAUUUAAGAAUCUGAGGUUUGGUCCACUCUGAGGGCUUGCUGGGCCUGGCUGCCGGCCCCUCCCUCCUCUUGGCUUCUUUCCCUCCUCUUCCCCUCCCGCUGCCGCACUACUGGGUCUCUGAUACCCUCACUUCACUGCAGAUAAAAUAUUUCCAUCACUGCGAAAAGUUCUGUUGGACAGAACUAGCUUAGAGCGUGUUCCCAGGGCACUGGCCUCUGGACUUUAGUCCAACUGCCCCCCUGGAUGGCUCUAUUUCCGGGAAAACGGUUUUUUUCACUUCUCGUCUUCACUACAGUGCAUCUCCAAGCUAAUCACAUUUUGGGGGAGUAGAAAACUAGAUUCGCAUGUGUGACCAUCCUUCCCGUUAGCCACGGUGUUUGUGAUGGACGCAGAAACCCCUUUCCCCUGCCAGAAUCACGAGUGGCCACCGAAGUUGGGAGACAACAGGUGUGGUGUCAGAACAGAAGUCCAGGAGCCACUUCCUGUUAAGAUUCUACCAGAAACGGAAGGGUCAAGGGGGUCAUAGUGUUGUAGCUUGGACCCAGUAGCUAACCUGCUAAUCCUCCUCAAGCUUGUUCAGUCCCCGUUUGGAGAAUUUAGCCCUAAGUUUCACAUCCCAUUUCUGUGCUGAGCCCCACACCCCCAGCUCAGCACCUCUUGCACACUCUGUGCUCCCGCUGCUGGACAUUAGUCAUCAGAGCCCGUUUCUGGUUACUGUUUAUCGUCUCUAAAUGCCUCCUUCCAACUACUAACAGUAGGUCUUGCUAGAUUCCUUGGGAGUCUGGGCUCUCCCCUGUAGGAGGGGCAGUUGACAGCCCAGCAAAGCAGAGAACCUGCUACCCCACCCCACCCCCUGGGGAAGAUCUGGGGGGCCAACAGCACUCCCUGCGGGGGCGGAACAGCUAGAAGCCUUGCGAAAAUCGGUACCACCUCAUAUCACACACACCCAAAACCACCAGUAGUUGCUGCAAAAAAGCUUUAUUGUUUUCAUUUGGUCCACGGCUUGGGCGAAGGCUCCAGGCUGGUUAAAAAGCUGCCUAGUGGCUGCAAGGAGAGACUCAGGCACAAGCCCUGACAUCUGGGGGGAAUGCCAGAGGGACCCUCUGGAAGGCUGCUGGGCUCCAGAGACUUCUAGUCGUGCUUGAGGGUGAGUCUUUCGAAGAGAUACUCGCCCAGCUCGGCCUGGGGGCCGGACAGCCUGCGGAGAUUAGUCAGAUGGUCGCCCAUCUUCUUAAUGAGUUUCACCUCCUCAUCUAGAAAGUGAUUCUCCAGGAAGUCACAGAGCUGAGGGACAGGACAGGAGAAAAUAUGGUCAGUUACACAUUAACGGUGCGACGGAGGGGGAAACGAGGCUCAAAAGGAAAUUUGCCUAAUUACGUGUGGAUGAAGGGGGUACUCACAUGGGGGUCUGCGCGGGCAGAACCCAGGGCAUGCAGAUCCAAAAGGCCCUGGUUCAAGUUCUUCUCCAGAAGCAGGGCGGCUUCCAUGGCGUCCAGGGUUUUACCCCACUCAUCUUGGGACGGCUUCUGUACAGAUGACAGAGGGCUCAGGACUCGCUACAUACGUGGCAAAGCCGUCUAAGAUCUCGCAUCUUAUCACCCCCAGUCUCCUACAACCACCCAUGCGACGACACCACGUUGCGGCGUGGACAGCUACGGCUUUGGGAACCCGGGGGCGCCUCCAUUUCGAGCAGCACAAAAGCGAACACAAUCGCCCAGAAGCCCACGCGGUGCCUAAACCGCUCCGCGCGCGCGCGGGCUGCUGGGAUAUGUAGUCCGCCGCCCGCGCACUAUUUACCUGCACGUCCAGGAAGAGGGCGCGGCCGCCGCGCUGGUUUUGCAUCUUCAAGAGGCGCUCGGCGCCCUCCCGCUUCUCCUCAGCCAACUCGCGGAAGAAGUGGCCCACGCCCUCCAGAGCCACAUCGUCACGGUCGAAAUAGAAGCCCUGCGGGAAGAGAUGGCGCGAACACGGGUUACAGGGCAGAAAGGCCGGCCAGGCGCCCCGACUCCGCCCCCCGACUACCCAACGGGACAAAGAAAGCCAGCGCGUGCGCAGAGGGCCAGAGGUGCGCACUUGGGGGAAACUUGGGCUGGGGGCGUCCUGGGGACCCUCACCAGAGAGAGGUAGGUGUAGGAGGCCCGCAGAUGCAUGUUGACCAGGCGGUUGACGGCGGCCUCCACCUCGGUGGAAUAAUUCUGACGAAUCUGGGAGCUCAUGGUUGGUUGGUAACGAGGAGCUAAGUUCAAAAUCGGGUGUUGGCUGGUCCCGGAGGCAGAGGAUGGGCAAGAAGAUGGCUCCGAAGGUGGCGACUGGAAAAAAGGUUGGAGGGUAGUCGGAGGCAGGUAGAAGGGGCGUCCCUGGGUCUGUUCCGUCCAAACACUGUUGAAGCAAGACACAGAGCCGCAGGACCGCCGGGCGCACUGCUAAA